GUUUCUAAUGAUUUAUUAGGUCGUCGGCUGGUGUACCGGAGUAGCUUCCCCUUCACUUCCCUUUUCUUCCGGUCAACCAAGCAACCGAAGUAAAUCACCAUGCAACAAAAAACAUGUACAUUAGAAGAAAAAGAGAAACUGAGAACAAAUACAGCUGCUCUUGGAGUGGGCAUAGUAUGUCUUGUCAUAGGCCUACCUCUCUGGUGGAAAACAACAGAGAUUUAUAGAGUCCAGUUACCAUACUCAGACAUCAACAAGCUGUCACAAAACAGGAUCCUGUAUGCAGUAAACAUAGAAGUGAUUUCUUUUGACAUCAUUCUGUCCAAAAGUCUGCCUGAACUUGAUGUAAAACUGCAAGCUUCUUUUGCAAAGAAGGGAGAGUCUUUACUGCACCCAAAUUAUGAAAUACACGUCCGUGACAGUACAGAUGAUGAAAAGACUCUGUUAAAGAGGAGUAAGACAUUUAAAGAACUUGAUGCAUUAUUCUGGAAUUCUACUAAGCAAGAAAUAAGCAUGUACACAGUACUACUAUUACCAGAAGGAUCACCCUCAACAUACAGUUUACCAGUAAUUGGUGUUCAUGGUACAGUGGGAAUAACUGUUAACAAUGGCAAGGAUGAUAUAGCUCACCAAAUAGAAACAAUUGUUAGAGAAGUUCUAGUGAGAGAGGGAACUUUGGAGAAAAGCAUGAGUACUGGCCAAGGGCUUAGAUCACAUAAGCCUGACAAAGACAGUAUGAGAUGGGUGCGUGCAUAUUCAGGAUAUGAUGUAACCUUUACCCUGGUCAAUCCUCAGCCAGAUUUUGUGGAUGCAGAUUGGAAUAUUCAGGAAGCACUUUAUGCUUAUUUGAAUCCAUUCCUUGAAAAGAUGUCAAACUUCACAACAGUUCAUUUAACAUCACAGGUCUUAUACUAUGCUGGACUAGUGACAAGGCCACACAAAGGUGAUAAUGGAAGUUACUUCUACACUGAACAAGACCUUCCUCUGAUGAUAAAUCCGCUUGAGACAAAACUUGGUUCCCAUGCCUCAAACAACCCGACACUCAACUUUGUAGUAUACAUCCCAACAAGAGAUAAUAGUCCCCUCUUCAUUCUGGAUGAGAACGAAAUACCUGUGACAAGCAAUGCUUUCCUGAGCCCUCGUUGGGGUGGAGUUAUGAUCUAUAACGUAGACGUACCAUCUAGUGCAAAGUUGCCAUACCCACUGGAAUUGGACAUGCAUCGAUUGAUGGAGGUUUUCCUUACACAGAUUAGGCUUCUGCUAAAUAUUGAAGUUCAGACUAAUGGAAAAGACAUGAUCACCAGGGAGCUGGGGAAAGAAGCCAUUACAGAUUGGGAACUGACAGCCUGGCUUCGAUGUCGAUGCAUAGAAAACUUAGCUACUGCCAAAGCUUCUCUAAAGUCUCUGGCCCAGCUUCUGGGUGAAAUUAGAAACAUUGUAAUCAAUGAUGAGAUUGGCAAAGAGGUAGAAAUGGCUGUAGAAGAAAUUAAAAAAAGUGAAGGUCUGCUAGCUUCUGGACAAAUACAAGAUGCCUACAGAGCCUCCAGCAAAGCUGCUACUGCAGCUGAGAAAGCAUUUUUUGACCCAUCGCUAUUGGAAUUACUCUACUUCCCUGAAGAUCAAAAGUUCGCAAUAUACAUUCCACUGUUUCUCCCUAUUGGAAUUCCAGUAGUGACUGCUAUGAUCAAAGCUAUUAAAUGGUUUAGACAACGGCAUCAGAUAGUAAAGGCAAAGACAGAUUAAGCAGCGUAGACAUAAUAGAGGAUAAACAAUAAGAGAAAUGAUAAGAGCAGUAUAUCACAAUGGCUGCAACGACAGCUACAGUCAACAUAAACAUGCCUUCUUUGGUCACAACUCAUUGAUGCAAUACCUGCCUCAAUAAUGCACUAGAUACCAUUGUAUCACUGGUGCAGAAAAAUAAGGACACACAAGAAAACUAUGCAAGCCCAACAAGGAAUUGUUCCAUAAAGUUGCAAGUUCUUCCAUAACAUUUAAGUGUGUGUAUGUAUACCAGGAAUUGUUUAUCUGUGCAUUUGUAAAGAGGUGAAAUUUUAAUAUCAGGUGUAUGGAUGAUACAUGCUUGUAUUUCAGUGUUAUGCUGCUUCAAUAUUUGGCUGAUAAAAUGUUUAUUAUUAUCUACAAAGAGAGAAGUCAUGAUCUAUCUGGUUGGAAGCUUUGCAGUUCAUUAUUUACACAUGGAUUUUUUUUUUAAUUUUGUGUGAAAGAUUUUAACAGAUCAUGAAACACUGGAACUGGCAUCAAGCGCUCAAAGAAGUAAAUAUUGCAAAAAAAUUGAUGUUCUGUAAGUAAGCAUCAAGCUGAAUGGUUUUCAUGCAGUGUGUGUAUGAGAGAGAGAGAAAGAUUUAUUGGUUCCAAAUAAAAUUGCUGUUGUUU